CUCACUCCUGGCUUGCACUCUCUCUCUCACUCUUUCCCUGAGGAAAGGCUGAUACUUAAGAGGGUUGAUUUAUCCUGAGGAAUUCAGUGCGUGAGCCUUAACCACUGUCAUAGUGUAACUCAUGAUGCACAGCUUCAUGGGAGGGGGCCUAUUUUGUGCCAUCGUGGGGAACAUCCUGUUGGUGGUCUCCACAGCCACAGACUACUGGAUGCAGUACCGUCUGUCUGGCAGCUUUGCCCAUCAGGGCCUUUGGAGGUACUGCAUGUCUGGCAAGUGUUACAUGCAGACUGACAGCAUUGCCUACUGGAAUGCCACUCGUGCUUUCAUGAUCCUCUCUGCCAUGUCAUGCUUUGCUGGCAUCAUCGCAGGAAUCCUCUCUUUUGCCCACUUCUCGGCCUUUGAGAGGUUCAACCGCUCAUUUGCUGCUGGGAUCAUGUUCUUUGUUUCAACUCUUUUUGUUCUGCUUGCAAUGGCCAUUUACACUGGAGUGACUGUGAACUUCCUGGGCAAGCGCUUUGGUGACUGGCGCUUCUCUUGGUCCUACAUACUAGGCUGGGUGGCUCUGCUCAUGACCUUCUUUGCAGGUAUAUUCUACAUGUGUGCCUACAGAAUGCAUGAGUGCAGAAGAGUGGCUGGCCCACGUUAAAGUAAACAGGAGAUAACGUGUCAAGGGUGCAAAGGAUAUCA